AUGACUAUUCAGUGGAAUGGGGAGAAAACUGAAGCAUUUACACCCAAGAAGGGACUACGACAAGGCGAUCCGUUGUCGCCAUACUUGUUUGUGAUGUGCCUAGAACGCCUAUGCCAUCUGAUAGAUGAAGCUGUUAUCCAGGCUUCUGUAGCCCAAGUGAGAGUUAUUAGAGGGAUCCUAGAGCGUUUCUGUAUAGCUUCCGGACAGAAGGUAAGCCUAGAGAAAUCCAAAACUUUCAUCUCACAGAAUGUCAGUAGAGAGCUCGGGAAGUUAAUAAGUGAUGAAAGUGGUAUUAGCUCUACACGUGAACUUGGUAAGUACCUGGGGAUGCCAGUGCUUCAGAAGCGCAUCAACAAAGAUACGUUUGGAGAGGUAUUGGAGAAAGUAUCGUCCUGGCUUGCAGGAUGGAAAGGGCAGUUAUUGAGCUUGGCGGGACGAAUUACACUCACCAAGGCAGUGCUCUCGUCUGUACCGGUGCACACCAUGAGCACAGCUAUGCUUCCGCAGUCAACGUUAAAUAGACUGGACAAGAAGGAAGGAGCAUUGGGGAUUCGUAAAGCUAAGGAGAUGAACACUGCUCUCCUUGCAAAGUUAGGCUGGAGAUUGUUACACAAUGAGAUUUCUUUGUGGGCAAAGGUUUUGAGGAGCAAGUAUAAAGUGAAGGAAGUGAAAGAUGCGGCUUGGUUCAGUACGAAAGGCAAUUGGUCUUCUACAUGGCGGAGCGUUUUACGUGGAAUGAGAGAUGUAGUGAUUCCGGGGAUGAAUUGGAUGAUUGGCAACGGGCGCACGACACGCUUUUGGAAAGAUAAGUGGCUCUCAGGACAAUCGUCAGUGGAGCUGGCAACAACAGAGAUCCUGGAGGCUCUUACUGAGUCACGGGUGUCUGAUCUAUGGCAGAGCGGGUCUGGUUGGUUGCUUACCCAGAUUGAGCCAUAUGUUUCGGUGGACACAAGACUAAGAUUGGCAGCAGUGGUGGUGGAUGAAGUCACGGGAGGUAGGGACAGAAUGUCUUGGGGAUUGACACAAGAUGGCGAAUUCUCAGUCACCUCUGCGUAUUCCUUUCUCACUCAGGAUACCAGACCGCGGCAAUGUAUGGCUGGACUAUUCACACGGGCUUGGCAUGUGGUAGUCCCGGAGAGAGUCAGAGUCUUCCUAUGGCUGCUUGGUGGGGCUGGAAAUGGAGAUGUUGCAAUGUAUAUAUUUGAAUCAAAUGGGAAGUGUCGUGACCGUGUGAAGUUCAUAAAGGACAUUGCCAAAGAAGUUGCAUCAGCUUAUUCCUUCGAACCCGAUAGCGGAGGUAUGAGUAACAGAGUGGAACGGCAUAUAGCAUGGAAGCCACCAAUGCAAGGCUGGUGGAAGAUCAAUACUGACGGAGCGUCGCGAGGAAACCCGGGAUUGGCUACAGCUGGGGGAGUCUUGCGUGAUGAGAAUGGCAGUUGGAAACUAGAUGAACGCCUUCACCCGGGCACUACAGUCCAUCGCGGUACCCGGUUCAUCCUCCCAUCUAUUGGCCUUACUGGCGCACCAUGCCAAUGUCUGGUUGGAUCCCAUAUCGUCAUAUGGUACCAUACUCGGCCAAGGCAGCUGACCAGGUUAUCCUCCGAGUCUUCCUCCCUUCAUGCACAGCCUCCACGCUGCCAAUCCGGUUGGGCUCUGACGUGCGAGAAUGCGCUUGACUACACCUUCCUAAACAACAUGUGGUUAGACACGCCACAUGUUCUCAGUACUUAG